UAGAUAAACCAUCACAUUUAUCAUAACAGUGACUAAUAAGUUGUAACUGAGUUGUCUUAAGUACGACAAGUAGUAUGUUAAAAAUAAUUAUAGUAGUAGCGGAUUUAACUUAAAUUAAUGUAUCCAAAUUAUGUGUAUGGUUUAAAUCAAUGUGCGCGCAACACGAACAACAGAAAGUGGAAAAUAAACUGAAGUGUGGAUGUGUGAGAUGGAUAAACAUAACAUACCAAUCCAACAUCCAGACACAGACCUGUUUCCUAUGUAUCCAACCCAAAUGAUUGCCCUCUACACCGUAGGCAAUAAGGAAUUAUUUCACGCGCAAAGUUUGCAGGAUUACGACUAUCUCCGUAUAACAUGGGCGUCACAAUGUGUUUUUAUUGUUCAAUUGAUCAACGUAGCGAGAGAUGUUUGCUUUAGGAUUUAUGUUCUAGGAUUUCAAUUACAUCUCCGUAACUGUUUGACGGUUCGGUCAAAAGUUGUAAAGCCGAUGAUAAAAUAUGAUAGUGAUAUUCGAAAAUAUAAUUCAAAAGCAAAAGCCAUUCGAAAAGUAAUAAGUAAGCAAAUUUCGCAAAAGAAGCAAAUUAACGAAAAAUGUAUUAGAAUUAGUAUCAAGAAUAUCUGCAAAGAGUAUUUUCACAAAAGAGUAAGAGCAAAUGAAAAAAAUCAAGUAUAUGUUGGGCUUGAGAAAAAGCAAGAUCAAAUAAAACAAAAAGGACAAGGUUCUGAAAGCUACACUCGUCCCGAAUUAACUUUACGUGAUCUUUUAACCAAGAUCAACUUCAAGCCGCCGUUGCAAAGAGUUACUGUGUGUAUGCAAGCAUCACGUCCAAUGUUCCACCCACCCAAAGUCAAUAACAUUUCGUGGAACUGUCUAAGACACGAGAUGCUUCGACUGGCCACCUUCAAAAAUUACCCAAGCGCCACUGCCCAGUAUGCAUCCAGCUUGGCUAGCAACGGAUUCGUAUAUACGGGCAAUGGGUCACGCAGUGACGACACAGUCACGUGUUAUUUUUGUUUGAGAACUAAAAAUAACUGGGCUCGGGCUGAUGUUAUACCGGAUGUGCAUCAAGACAUGUCUCCAGAGUGCUCCAUGGUUACGGGCAUCAAUUGUAACAACGUCCCCAUGGCAACAGGGGUUAAAUUUGAAGAACUUCAACAUUAUUUAGAGCAAUAUAUAACCAAUGGUGCUAGAGAGGAUGUUUCAAUAGACGCCACCGAAGCCGUGAACUGCAGUGGUCAAGAUACCCCGACCUCAGACCCCGUGCACGGUCCAGACGGUGACACCCCAGCGCUGUACGAGUCUGAUCACGUUACGGAACCGCCUGACAGUCACGUGAUAUCUCCUCCCUCAGCGACUCAGCAUUUCGGCACCGCAUCCAUUACUUUACCAUCAACAUCACGACUUUCGACUACAACAACAAAUCCUGUAUUGCCAUCACACGGCCAACAUUCUACAAGCAACUCUACUCUACCUUCCCCGUGCGUACCUACACUCCCACCCUCUGAGACUACAGUCACUAGGCAUCAGCCCCCUCCCUCUCACCAUACAAGACACACCCAUGCCACUGCCGUUUCAAGAAGAAACAGGCCCCCACAAACCCCAACACUAUCAGAGCUAGCUAUCAUCACUGACAGACCAAAGCGCAUUGACUUCGCCCAUAAACUCACCAGAUUACAAAGUCUGGCCAACUGGCCGAGGGGUCAUCACCUGACCCCGGAGGAUUUAGCAAGCAGCGGAUUUUAUUAUGGUGGUUAUGGUGACUGUGCCAGAUGUUUCUACUGUGGUGGUGGACUCAAAAACUGGGAAGAUGAAGAUGACGUGUGGGUAGAACAUGCCAGAUGGUUCCCUAAGUGUGCCUUCAUCCGUCAACAGAUGGGACAGGUGUUUGUGGAUACUGUACAACGUCUAAACGAGGAUCAUACGCUGAUUACACUACAGAUGGUUUCGGAAAAGUUGAAUCAUUCACCUUCAUCCCAGUUAGCAAUUAAAGAAAAUCCACUGAAGAGAGAUCCCGCUGUUUUGACAAUCGUAGACAUGGGCUACAGACUGGACGAUGUGGUCAGCUUCGCUCAGCGUGUUAAAGAAGACAGUAACGUCAUCUCAACUGAUACAAUUCUUCAAAUGAUGCAAAAAUCUAAUGAAGGAAGGAGUCACGAUACGAAGCAAGCAGUUUCAACAUUUCAAGAAAAGGAUAUAAACAAUUUUCUAGAAAUGAUAAGAACAAUAAAAGAACAGAACAACCAGCUACGUCAGCAGACUGUGUGUAAGAUCUGUAUGGACCAGGAGGUGGCUGUCGUCUUCCUGCCCUGUGGUCAUCUGGUGUCGUGUGCGGACUGUGCAUCAGCCAUGAGAGACUGUCCUCUCUGCAGAUCUAAUAUUAAAGGCGUGGCUAGGGUUUUUCUUGCCUGAUACUACAAUUGUUUUUUAAUUACUGAAAUAUACGGUUAAGCAGAAACAGAAAUAAAACAUGUACAACAUAGUAAUUGUUUAUGAGGGAUAAUAAAUUAUUCAUUGAUUUACUUGUGUGAGAAAAAUAAAGUAUGUGUCCCACUUUAUAUUUACAUACAUUAAAUAUGUGUGUGUGUGUGUGCUUGCGUGUAUGUGUGUUUGUGAAUAAGAUUACAAAUAAGCUACCGAAAGUACAUAUAGUGUGUGUUAAGAACAUUUUAAUUCUCUUUUUUUUUUUUCUUUUUUUUUUUAAGUUAAGUACAUUUUAAUUCCCGUUUGAAUAUAUAUAUCAACUAUUCAAUGUGAUUGGUGCUAGAUCUCUACAUUGUUUAAUUGUGACAAAUAAAUUAAACUUACAUUUAACUAUGUUAGUUGAUCUUUAACUUUGAUAGCUCUGAUAAUAAUA